CAGGGUGAAGGUCGGACAGCGCCAUCUGCAAUGGAGUCUGGAAUGUAGUGAUCAACAAACUUGUCAAGUUUAUUGCUGGAUAUACCUUUUAAAAACAACUUUUGCGAUCCAGAUCUCUGCAUCUUGCUUCUCUGCCCACUAGUCAGACUGACCAACUCAGUGGUACCUUAGUCAGCGCAGUCAUCCUAAACUAUUGAUACAACUGUUGGAGAUUCAGGACGAGUAUUGAAUCAAGAUGUGGUGUGGUGCUGGGUAGAUGUCAGGCAGAAGUAGAAUGACAUGGUCAGUAAGAGUGUCACCUGCCUUACACUAUGCAUGGACAACAUCUAGAAGAUUAUCUUAACUCUGCUUGUUGCAGUCCGGAAAUGGGUAAAGUGCUGUCCGAGGGCGACAUGCCUCCCGACACAAGUACCCAACAGACAUCUCUGAUGGAGAGAAUCAGCAUCAGCAGCCCUCCUGGAACAUUCCAGUUUGAUGUGGACGACUCCUCCCCGUCCCAGGCAGACCAGUGUUUCCCUCCCGAUGCCAAGAAGGCCAAGAAGGGUGUGGGCAUCGCGGGCAAGAGCAUUGAGGAGGAACUGUGUCGUAUCUGCGGUGACCGAGCCUCGGGAUACCACUACAAUGCCCUCAGCUGUGAAGGCUGUAAAGGUUUCUUCCGGCGCAGUAUUACACGGGGUGCCACCUACACAUGUAAAUAUGGUGGAAACUGUGAGAUGGACAUGUGGAUGCGGCGGAAAUGUCAGUGUUGUCGUCUACGGCGAUGCAAGGAAGUCGGGAUGAAGGAGGAAUGCCUGUUGUCAGAGGAGCAGUGUAAGGCUCGGGACGCCCGGCGCAAGGCCAAGUCGCGAGUGCCACAGAUUCCCAAGAAGGCUGAGAGUCCAGAUGGGAACAGCUUCUCCCCAGACUCGGAGUCUAGGUAUCAGGAGUUCAAGCCUGACAUCAACAUUAUGCCUGGCACAGCCAUUCUCAUUGAUAAUCCUCUUACAAAGAUUGGCAAUGAGCAGCGGCUUUUAAUUGAGAAACUGUGCAGACUUCAGGACAAGUUCGAGUUCCCAGAUGAGCGGGAUAUUACCAAGGCAACGAUAAUCGAGCCUGGUCAGAAGGAGGCGACGCCCGACAACAUGAUGGGGGAGAUGGUUCAGAUGACAGUGCUCAUCACACAUCUCAUCGUGGAGUUCGCCAAGUGUCUCCCAGGCUUCACCUCGCUGGACAAAGAAGAUCAGAUCGUCCUGCUGAAGGCUGCCUCCUGUGAGUGUAUGGCAAUAAGGGCAGCCCGUUGCUACGACUCUGAGACCAAGGCCAUAAUCUUUGCCAAUGGAUUGCCCUGUACUCUGGAAAACAUGAAGGCAACAGGGCUUGGCAGGUAUGCCGAGCUCAUGUACGAGUUCUGUGACAACAUGGCCAUGCUGAAGACCGACAAUGCUGAAUACGCUCUCAUCACUGCCAUAGCGAUAUUUUCAGAGCGGCCUGGUCUGAAGGAGAAGCAGAAAGUUGAAGAGAUACAAUCUCACUAUGUGGAAACACUACAGUCGUAUGAAAACGCCAAAAGACUUCGUGGUGGGAGUGCACUUGCCAAAUUUCUGACCCGCAUGUCAGACCUCCGAACAAUCAGUGUGGAGCACUCCAACUUGCUGCUAGAUAUGGAGAUGGACGGAACACAGUUCCCAUCGUUGAUGAUGGAGACAUACGUUGCCCCACCAGAUGACAAGUGAAGGUGGUGCACGGAGGUUGUGACACUCUAAGCUCAGUCCUGUGAGUGCAUCUGGUCUGCUUGCUAGCUGGUUCCAGUCAUCAUCAUCAUGGCUCCCUUGUGAAUGUUGUCAUAUAUCGAAACAUAAUUGCUAUCUGAGGAAUAUUCACUUUGAAGGAUGCUUUCUGUGAGACGGGUCAUCUGACAUCAGAACUGAUAAGGAAUGGACGAGUCACUCGGGGAACUUACAGUCUGGUGCAGGGAAUGGCAGAAUUCGUCUCGCAGAUAGUCCUCAUCGUGUGAAGAUAUCUGCCCCUGAUUGUGUUCCCUCAUAUGCAUAAUCAAGUCACUACAGCCAUGUUCAUUGUUCUUGUUACUGAUAUUAAGAUGAUUACUUUGAAAAACAUGCAACAGACAUUUUUGAAUCUGUAGAUGAGAGUGAGCGGCUGCGGACAGAAGGCAUCACUUACCAAAGGACUUUGGUGGGCAACUGUAUCACAGUGAUGAUGUUUGACAAGUUGAGGCCUCUCAUUGGUAGUUCCAGAAAGGGAUGACGAUUUUCCUGAUCGUGAUUCUUGUGUACAGAACCACUCACCAAACGUUUGUACAAAUUCAGUACUUCAGUCCUUUAUCAGUCCAUGUCACAUAUCUGUGAAAGGAGUGCAGGAGACGGCAUCUCAACAGCAUGAAGAACAUCAGGAAGGGUACCUCUUAUCAAAAGUAAACUGCUCCACUUUGCAUACCAAAGACACAGGCCUUGAUCAGCCUACUCUAAUAUGAAGGGGUUCAGGAUAAAACAGCCAACAGUGGAUGGCAGAAUCCAAGGUACAAUGUGGUUGGUAUUUACUUUGGAGUGUGAUUAAGGCAGUGGUGAAAAUUCCUGGUCAGAAAAAGUGUUGAUGCAGAAAUGUAGAAUCCUACUUUGUACUAUGUAAAUAUGUUCUUCGCGCCAUAUCUAUGAAGAUCGCAAGUAUGUCUUCGGAGGAAUGUUUCCUGGUUGAAUCACCAGCCUAACUGAGGGCAUUUAAUCUUCUUUGAUGGAUCAGUCCAUUCUCUAUGAAGGAGCCAGGUAGCUCCAGGUGUGUCCACCCUGCAGACUACGGGGGUAUGCCUUUCACAUGACAAUACCGCUACAUUGAAGGGCAAUACUUUCAAAACAGUUGAGGGGACAGAAGUAACACGUAAGACCUCGUGUUCUGCAUUAGAACAUCUGGGGACUUUUCUGUGGUGGACACGGCCAAUGUGUGGCACGACCUAUGUACAAUUGAUUCAACACCAUGUGCUGACCGGCGUACUAGUUGUGGUCACGUGAACGUGUGUGCGACAUGCGUCACACUGACGAGGACAAGGGGAUGUACAGGACAUGGGCACCAAAGAGAUAUGUGAUAGGGAGUUGACUGUCAGGUGACUGAAGUGCUGUGGGCAGCCCUCAGCAGAGUAUUGUAUAGUUGUGUACAGUCAGAUGUAUAUAGUGAAACUGUGUGGAGACAUCAAACAAUACUGAUGUCAAUAAAGUGUAUGUAAUAUGUAAGUAUAUAGCCACAAGUGUUUCCGAGUGAAUAUGUAAAUUGACACUUCAUGCAUAUCUAAACAAAAAGACAAAGAUUGUUUGAUGUCGUGAAGUUUGAUUUUAACUGUGACACAUCAUUCAAGUACUACAUCCCGCUCAGCGAUAAAGACAUUCAGUGGGAGUAAAUGUGAAGUUAUCUUUCAACAAAGUGAAAUUAGAUGCAUGACGUGCCAGUAAGAGAAGUGACUUUGAAAGAUUGAUUUGUCGUAAUUAUGCUUAUAUGAAGUGAAAUUUUAAGGUUGACAUACAGACUUGUAAUAGUGGCAGAUAUUGACAUAUUGUGGAGUAAAGAUUAUAUAUGUCACUCUGAAUUACACUGGAAUGAAGCAUGGGCAACAUCGAGUCAUGUGUAUCAGUUGAUGGUCAUGUGACUGUCAUGUGACUGUCAUGUAAUUCAAAGAGCUGAAGCUGGGGAGUGAACGACACACAUACUUGGUAAUGGGACAAUGGACCCCAGUCUGUGUAUUUGUCAACAAGCAUUAUGUAUUCAACAUCGUCCAUUUGUUUCAAGAUUGAUGAACUUUAUAAAAGGCAGCUUAGUUUCCGAUGACCUUAUAAACACUACAUUUCAUUUCUCUUGCCUGUCACCUGGUUUCAAUUGUUUUCUUUUGUUGUUUUGUUUUGUGGAAAUAUAUAUAUAUAUACACACAUAUAUUUAUGAAUGGAGAUCGCAUUAUAAUCAGCUUUAAAGCUUCGUGUUACUUUCUUGCUUUAGAUAUUUUACAGCAAUUGUAAGGGUUGUUUUAGAGGAGAAAGAUCACUAUCAAUCAAGUUGGGUUUUUUUAUUUUUUCUCUUAAAAUUUUCAAGACUUUCAUCUUGACCAGCAUGACCUCUUAAACAGCCCUUCACCCGUUUUACCAGAAUGGGACAUUUGAUUUCUGUGAGGGUUUUAAUUGCAAGCAAGUUUUAGAUGCAAAUUGUGGAUUUUGUCGAUUUUAGCACAUUGAGAUUAUUUUACAUUUGGAAUAACACUCAUCAUAUGGACUAAUAACUUCAAAUAUUGUUUUCUUGUUGAAAAAAAGCAUUGUUUCCAUUAUAAAACUUAAGCUGUUAAUUUCAGUGAGAACCUUGAACACCUUGCCAUUUCAGUAAGCUUAGAUCUCAUCAGAUCUCAUCGCGUCAUUCAAAUUUCACUUCUUGGAGGAUGCAGAUUUUAAUUGUUGUCUCAUUAACUGAGACCGUUGCCCCUGAAAACAAGAUCACUUCAUACACUGCCAGUUUAACAACCUCAGUUUGCGUCGACAUACAUAUCCAUGUCUUCUUACUCUUUCAUCAACAGAUGAUGGUAUUGCUUUUUCAGUAUGGCCUAGUAAAUAGUUUUAUGGAAAAAGGAGGACAUGUUUUUUUCUGGAAAGACAUGUUCUAUAAUUGGUCAUUUUUUUCAUAUGAAGAAUAAUAAGUUAUCAAAAAUCAUUGAUCUGUAAAAGAAUUAUGCAAAGUGAAUUCAUUCAUUGUUGAUGUAACUUGAAUGUAUGCAUAGUAAUUGCUGUGACAAAUGAGUAGAUUUACUGCUGGCCUCUUUCGAAUAUGCUAUUGGUAAUAUUUUCUCUCAAAAAUAUUUCUCUGAACUACAGAUUAUUUAGCCAUUUUUUCUAUCUUCAGACAAAGAAUACAUGUCAGUGUGGUAUUUAUAGAUAAACAAAUAUAAUCGAAUAAAAUUUGCACCAACCAGAAACCUACCUUGAGUCUCACAAACAUUGAACUUUCAUUCUGAUGUUUUGUAGGUCAUUCAGGGGACUGACACACACCAGGAACCAUCUAUAUUUCAAGUAUGAGAAUUUCAUUGAGUUGAAAUAUUAACUGUCUCUGUGAUCAAAUUGAAGUACGCAACUCAAACAUAAACUAUUCAGACUUAUUUUGAGGACAAUGGCACUGUGAUUUAUCGACUUCCUGUCAUGUAAACAUGAUGUGUGUGAAGAUUCCAUUCAGGGAUGGUAGUUGAGAAAUAUGCCAGCUAAGCAGUUAAGACCUAGAAUGAUGGAGAAGACUCACUAUAAAAUGGCAGCUUCCUCUCCGUUGCACAGAUUUCCACAGAAGAGGAAGACUGUCAUUGUUAUAAGACUCUUUGAGUCCGCAUUGUUAUGCCCUUGGGUUUGUGAACGUCGAGAGUUUAGAGAUUAGAAAUUGAAGCUGGCAGCUGUAACAAAUAUGGCCCUGUUCCUGAAACUAUUCAAACAUAACUGGGUUUUUUAAUUCUUCAGGAAUGCAGAACUUAUUUACUUACAGAAGCAUUGGGCAGAAGAACAAAGUCUCAAGGAAUCAGAAAUAGAAGUUUUCGUUCUUCUGUGAAUUAUGAGGGUAGCAUGUCUCUCAUAACAAGCAGAAGGUCUACUAGUUAGGUAUUAUUAAUCUAUCCAGUACAAGGAAACAAGCAGAAGGUCUACUAGUUAGGUAUUAUUAAUCUAUCAAGUACAAGGAAACAAGCAGAAGGUCUACUAGUUAGGUAUUAUUAAUCUAUCAAGUACAAGGAAACAAGCAGAAGGUCUACUAGUUAGGUAUUAUUAAUGUAUCAAAUACAAGGAAACAAGCAGAAGGUCUACUAGUUAGGUAUUAUUAAUCUAUCAAGUACAAGGAAACUUUCUGGGGCAGAGAUGAUUUUCAAGGUCUUUUCACAUGCUAUGUAGGUCAAGGGGUCCUGAUGCUGGGCGUGGAUGGGGCCACUGUAGAGCAGUCAUGACUCAACUACAAAGAAGAUGCAGAUUUUUUUACCAAGCUCUCCUUGUGGUUUGGUUAUAACUUGCACUUGAAUAAAUUGUGCCUUCUAUUUGUAAUGAUUUCUAAGUCGGGACUUUUGGCUUUAACUCCUCAGGGGAACUGGGGCAGCAACUAUAUGACUGUGAAAUGGCUUUUAAUGUACACCAUGUGAUUGAAUGUUGUGCCCAUGCUGUGCAGCAACUGUGAGUACCCCUUUAAGUCCAGUGACUUCUCUCAUUAAGGCAGUGUUGCUUCUGAUUGAACAAACACUUACAAUUGUACAAUACUCUGAAAUAUUAUAUCUUUAUUAGAUUACUAGGCAUCAUGAUUCAAGUAUCGCUUCACUUCUCUAGAUGUUCACUAGGGUCACCAUUAUGAACUUCAGCAAGAGAACUCUUCCUCAAGGCUAAUGCUAUGAGAACACUAACUUCCUUCCUCUAAAUAGUUGCUACAGUAAUAAUGCGUCAAACAUGGUGGAAGAUGAAUAUUCUGACUGAAAGAUAAAGAGUGUUUGAAACAAAAUUGUUUUGCUGAUACUGUGAAAUUGCCUUGCUCAGCACUCUGGAGGUUUAUUACUGGCAAUAGAGCUUUCACAUCAAUAUUAGAUAGGUACUAAGUAUAUUUAUGAAAGUGUUUAAAAGAGGAACUCACAGGUGUGAUAGUGGUACUCACAGUUGAACAUUUGAUAUAAUAUAUCACUUUGACCUAUUACUGGACACUAAUGUAUGCAAGAGUGCAGGGUUCAGUGUGGAGCUUGUUUGGAUCAGGUUUCCUCAAUGUCACCACAGCUUACAACAGCUGCUUAUCAUGACCACAAGUACAUGUGGUAACUGACUUUGCUGGCAGUCCUUGUGAAUACAUGCUUCAGCAUCUUUACAGUUUGUUAUCUCAUUAAGACUGUACAGGUGUUUAACUGGUCCAUCAUUUGGAGAGUAUAUUUUUGAUUGAGGGAUCCAACCAUUGCAUCCUUUUGGGGAGAUGGGGGUGAGGAGCUUGAAAAAUAAUGAAAAUGAUAAUAUGUAUCACCUGGUUGGGGGCAGAUAAACAUAAAAUUGCGCCAUUGCAUAAAAUGUAUUAGAUGUUAUAUCCUCCAAGGUGUAUCCCUGACUGAACCCGAGAUACUACCCAGGCCUAUCCCCAAAGAUAAAAUGGUUGCUUUGAAUUUAAUUUUAGAGUUUAGGUAAGACAGAGUUUCAUUCAUCUGUGGGUUAAUUGUAUGACUGUUUUGUUUUUCAUUCAUGUAAUUAAGUCAUUUUGUAUGUUGAUACCCAUCACAAUAUGUGAUUACUGUAAACAUAUUUCAACUCGGCAAUAACUGAAACAUAUUGUGUGUUCAAUGUCAUUCUCGUUGGUAAUCAUAGCAACAGCAGUCUGUUAUAUAUAACCCCAUGCUUCAAUUUCUUUAUUGACAAUUACUGCUGAUUUUAGUUUUCAAAAUGAACUUGAAUCAAAUUGCAUUACUGAUGAACUAAUGACACUGAAUCUGACCUCUUUACAAUGGUAAAUGACCUCAUUUUUAUGUAUGUUCUGCAACAAUGUUGUUGGUUAGUGAUAGCUGUUCAUGAAGUGUCUGGUAACUUGCAACAAUGUUCAUGAUUGUGUUCAUGGCCUGCAACAAUCUUGUAUGUAAUGUGACUGUUCAUGGCCUGCAACAAUGUUACACAGGACAGUGUCAUGGCUUGCAACAAUGUUGUUACACAGGACAGUGUCAUGGCCUGCAACAAUGUUGUUACAUGGGACAGUGUCAUGGUCUGCAACAAUGUUGUUACACAGGACAGUGUCAUGGCUUGCAACAAUGUUGUUACACAGGACAGUGUCAUGGCCUGCAACAAUGUUGUUACACAUGACAGUGGCCUACAACAAUGUUAGAUGUCAGAUUCAGGAAGUAUAUAGAAACAUGAAACAAUAUUGUGUUCAUUCUGGUUUUGUUCAUGUUUUAAGCACAGAAUCUGCAACAAUCCUGUCUGUUACUUGUGGCCUUCUUCAUGACCUAUGUACCAACCUACUGGUACCUGCCACUCUGUUGGAUGUGAUUCUAGGCUUAGUCAUGAAGUAUAUGUCAUCCUGCAACACUGUUGUAUGUUACCUAAGCUGCUUAUGUAAACUGUUCCAGUGCAGGAUUCUUUUCAGUUUUGUACAUACCAUUUACGAACUGCUUAACACAAGUUUUAUGCGCUUUCACUGUGAACUAAUCCCAAUUAAGGUAAUUCUAAAAUUGCUACUAGCUGCUUGUGGCAGGUCACCUCCUCAUAUAUAUGUGCAUAUCAACUGCAUGCUGGGACCUCAGUCCGCGUAGGCAACUGACAUCCAUGCACAGCGCCAGCAUUGGUUCUAGACACCUGCUGUUGAUGUGAAGUCUUACCACGGCAUGUGAACCUGUCACUUUACUACCUGAUGGCUUUGUAUAUAGAUGUAGCCGCGGACAACCUGUAUUUCCUCAGAUGUGUGUAUUGUUUACAUGCACCGGACUACCCUCUGCUGCAUACAUUAAAAAUGUGCAACUUUGUAUGCAGGAAGUUUUACAAUUCAGUACACAUUGUUCAGGAUAUUUACAACUGUGUAUACACUAUUCAGGACCUGGAAAACUCUGUAUGCACUGUUCAGAGUUUUUAUGACUGUGUAUACAGUGUUUAAGAUUUUUACAAUUCUGUAUACAUAGUGUAGGGCCUGUACAGAAAUGUAUACAUGUUUGAGGACAUGUACAACAAUGGGUACACUGUUCAGCAAAUGUACAUGUUCAUCUCUGUGUAAAUUCAUAGAUUAUCUUCACCAUCACAGCGGUUCUGCCACAUCGACUACAAUUCCUGUAUUGAACAUGUCAGUGCUUUUAUCAUCACCCAAAGGGACAUGUAAUUCAUGGGCCUCAAAAAGAUACUCUACUACAAAUUUUCAGUUGGAUUAAAAAAGAUUCCAUUGUCUAAUACUGAUUCCUUGUUAGUUUACCCUGGAAGCCUACCUCUAAUAUUUCACUUGGUUCAUUACUGUUAUCAAGUAGGAAAUAUGAGUUCCAAAUUUAUUUCUGUCUGUUCUGGUGAUAAGACUGAAAAAUACCUAAAAGGCCACUCAGUGAAUGUUGUUUUGGUGGCUGUUAGAAAAUAGUUCUGAUGUUGAGGGCAUGUAGCUGACUGUGGCAGAACCAACUCCCCUGACUGGUGAGGAUGGUCUAUGUCAUGUAUGUACCUUUCAUCAAGUGUUGUCAUUGACUGCUACAUGACUAGCAGUAUCCUUAUUGGAGAAAUAGGAGAAGGGUUUUGACCAAUCACAUCAUUCAGAAAAGCUAGAUCGCUGCAAAUAAAAGGCUAGGUUGAACUUUUCACAUACAUGUUAGGUUCUUAUUAAAUAUGUCUUAUGCCAUUGUAUUUUGACAAUAUCCUCUACAAACAGUUUCCCUUUUCUUCAUGAUACUGAUAUUGGCAAACACAAGAUACAUAUCACACACUUUCGCUUUUCUCGAGGCCAUAAUGCUUUUUGCAACAUCUUUUGUUAUUAAACCAUAGAUCUAGUUCUGAACGAUAGCUUGUUCUAUUAAUUUUUUCACAUACACCAACUUGUGUUUUUGUUUCACUUGUGAUUUGUAGGAAAAUGUUUAUUUGGGGAAAAAAUAAAUACCAUGAUUUCUUUGGUAAGUCACUAUACCCAAAAUCAACUUUGAUCAUUCUUAACCCUCUGUAUUUGAACCUUUGACUUAGAAAAUCUGUAUGGUCAGACUCACUUGUUUCAUGCUAUACUGACAAGGUAACUCUAUAUAUUUAUAGUAAAAAUAAUUCCAUCAAUUUCCUAUUUUUAUGUUAUCUUGUACUUUUACUUCAAAAGAGUUUUAUCUUUAAGGAAAUUGUACUCCGAUCAACCUGGACAACAUUCAUGAUAGGGAAGGGGUAGGGGGGCUCCUGUCUAUUGGCAUAUAUACCACGAAAAUCUGUCAAACCACAAAAUAAAUUGGUCUGGCCUUUACAGGAAGUAAUGUGCCUGUUUUCCUUUCACACUAGCAAGUCUUUAUCAGCACUUCAUCCUCCCAGUACAGAGGAGAGCUUGGGUUUGUUGGAGUGAUUUUAUUUGAUUAUUCAGAAUAUUUUUAUUUGUAGAUGGCUCUGUGUAAUGUUGGUAGCUUGUAUUUCAGUCUUGCACCAUGUCGCCAAAAUAUUUUUAUUUGAUCGCCAAGUAUUGUUUUAUUUAGUGUGAACUGUGCUGCCCCAGCUAACUAACGUGUUCCAUGCAGUAGGUCUAGGUGGCUAAUAGUACAACAUUUUCCCCCAUGAAUAAACAAAGACAGCGACAUUGUCAUUUAACUUUAAGUUAAAAAUUUCACAAUCUGACAAAGAUUGAAAUGUAUGCAACUGAAAAAAUAUUUUUUACAUAUUGCUUUGUUUGCUCAGUAAAUUUCGGUUCCGUAAUUUAAAAAAACUCAUCACAUAAUGUUAUAUUUUUCUACUUUCGAAAUAACAGCAUGCUAACUUAUACCAAAGAAUAAAGAAAUAGGGAUGAGGUGAUUAACAUAUGAAUAUCAAAUUUCAUAUACGGUCAUAUAUUUAAAAUAAGGCAUAAAAAAUGAAUGUAUAUGUUGGUAUUAUAUCCUUACUUUGUUUAGACACUCAGACGAUUCUAUUUUUAUGCAUCUGAAAUAUGUUUCUAAAAUUUGUUCACACAUCAGGGUAGGAUCAAUUUUUACAGAUUUUUAAUCAAUCUCAUGAUCAUUUAUUAUCUGAAAUUGACAUUUGAAAUCUCAGCAAUAUUUGUAACCUACAAGAUAGCUUGUCAUUUGCAGGAAAUGCUUUUGAAGGUACAUGUAAGAUGCUUACAUGAAACAUGUCGCAAUAUUAUUACACUAAUUUAUUGUGAUGAAAAAGAAGGUUGUUGUCUACACAAAAAUGCAACAGAACCCUGAUCAAUCACAGUAAAAAAUGUACAGCCCUAAAAUAGCAAUUUGCUGAUUUAAUGAGAUUUGUGUCACUCAUCAGUACACUAUUUCAAGCAUUUCCUGAAAUGAGAGUGACACACCAGUAUAGCAUUCAGUGAUAGCAGGAAGGGAAAUGAGGAACCAACUUGGAAUAUACACAUUAUUGGAACUGGAAAAUGGCAAAUGUUGUUCAUGUUUGAAUUAACUUGGCCAGACCAAUUCGUUUCUUGUCUUACAAUUAAUCCUGUCUUAUCUGCACUAAGUACAUUGUUGUAUGCCAAUACUGAAUUUGUCUAAAAAUUCGAUAAUAUGAAUGUUUUUGGAUAAGUAUAUUUUGUUUCAAGAGCAUUUUAAAAAAAUUAAGCUCAAGCCUACCCAACAUUUUUUUCAUUUUUUUUGCAAACUGUAUCUUUGUUUAUCGACGAAAUAUAUCUGUAGGACAAGUAACUAGUUUGGCUGGUACUGUGGAUAAUUAGUUGGGUAUGUAUCUUUGCAAACAUGGAGUUUGAGAAUAUAUAUGCCUUUCAGAACAUAUAUGAAUAACAAUCAUUUACCUUCGACCAACCUUUUGAAUAGUCUUAGAUGUUAAGAGAUGAUAAUGAUAAACUGAUAUGGUUAUGCAUGACAAAUAUGGUUAGAAAAGAGAAGACUGUCAAGACUCAGAAAGAGUUGACUGGGGUUGAGUUUCUGUGGUCAUGUUAGAAUGUGAUCAUUCAUUAUCCUGCUUCAGGGCUAAUGUUGCUGUGCACACAGCCCAACUUAUGCCUAGUUAAGCUAAAUAUAUCAAUCCUUGUUUUCUUUCAAACAAGGCAACUUGCAGGCAAGAAGUAUCAAGUUAGUUUGUUAACAUUGUACUGUUGAGCAUAAUGACGGCUUGUGUAAGUUUGGUUCAGUCUCUUAAAAUGACCAAAUGUCUUGAAGUAUACUAUUUGCUCAAUGUAGAUUAAGAGUGGUCUCUCUUGGAGCCUGCUGUGAUUUGAUUGGUCAGCAUAUGCUGGUUGUGCCCUCUAUAAAUGGCGGAAAUAAAUAUAUUGAAAUACAUUA